CGUGCGCACUGGGAGCCGGGCUCGGCGAGAGCAGCUCUGAAGGCGCCGGACGCGGUGCGGUCGUUUUUAUACCUUCCCGCGCGGCCGCCGGCGCCGCCAACGGAAGGGCGGGGCGGCGCGUGAUUAGGCGGCGCCCCGCCGCCAUGAAGGUGAAGAUCAAGUGCUGGAACGGCGUGGCCACCUGGCUCUGGGUGGCCAACGACGAGAACUGUGGGAUCUGCAGGAUGGCGUUCAAUGGCUGCUGUCCAGACUGUAAGGUGCCUGGCGAUGACUGCCCGCUGGUGUGGGGCCAGUGCUCACACUGCUUCCACAUGCACUGCAUCCUCAAGUGGCUCAACGCGCAGCAGGUGCAACAGCACUGCCCCAUGUGCCGGCAGGAGUGGAAGUUCAAGGAAUGAGGCACCCACACUGCACCUGGACCCCCUCCCCCACCCCAAGAUGGCCUCUGAGUCCCCCUUUUCCUAGUGGGACCCAAUGGCUAUGGUCUGGAGACAGUCCUUGGCUGUGACAGGGUUGAAAUGAGGACUGGAGCCUGUUUGUUGUUUUCCAUCACCAUGCUGACGCUUUUAUUCAAUAAAUAAAACUCAUUAAAGUACCUGAGCCUUGCCAGAGGCUUUGGUUGCCUGGGUCCUGGCACAUUGAUGAAGCUGCAGUGUUUUGAUAUGAAAACUCUCAUGAAUAAACAUCUUGAUGAAACACC